AUGAUUUAAAAUUUUGGUGAAGAAAAAAAUAAAAAAAUAAAAUAAAACUACGAAGAAAAUACAAAGACUCUUUUCAAGCUUUACUUUGUUUUGACAUUACUAUUUCUUGCUUACGCAGUUACAGCUAUAAUUUCUUCAAAAAAUUUGAGAGACAAAUAUUCUUAUUUAACAGAUGUAUAAUUGAGUAUUAUAAUAUUUGCAGCAAUCUCAAUCUUGUUUGAGAUCUUAACAAUCUAUCUACUAAAAACUAAAUAAUUGACUCAUUUGCUUUUUUUCUUAUUGCUAGUAGUUAAAUCUAUCAUGUACGCUCCAUUAAUUAUCUAGCUUGUAAGUUUUCUUUUAGGUUGCUUUGACAAAUAUUGUGGCCAAUUAAUUAGACAUGAUGGGUAUGUAGAUGCUUGGCUCAUUGAGUUUAAUUUAUAAAACUAUUAUCCUAGCUGUAGUGAAAUGGAAUAAAGUGGGGAUUUGGUUAACAUGAUGAUUUAUAAUUCUAUAAAAAUCAUUAUCUCAGAAUGCAAAUAUUAAUAAGAUCAAUAAAGUUGUUACUAAUUUGAUACUCUGAAAAUUGAUAAUUGGGAAGAUAUGUUUGUUCUAUAAAUUGUUAGCUUUUGUUUAGGUUAGGUUUGGAUAUUUUCUGCAGCUACUUUGAUUAUUUUAUUCAAAGUUAAGCAUGUUCAAGCUACCUAAAAAGUUGAUUAAGAAAUAAAAAAUAAUUUAUAAAGCCAAGCUUAAUAAGGACAAAUGGUAUUUUUUUAACCAGUUAUUUAACAAGCAUUGCCUUAAUAAAGCUAUAAUCUUUAUAAUUAAAAUAACUAGCAACCAUACAUACCACAUCUUUUAAUUCAAUAACAUCCUUAAAAUGUAAAAUAAAAUUAAGAAUUUGUGUUAGGCUAGCCUGUAAGUUCUUGA